GUAUUGGUCAUGUGAUCAAAUACCUGUCUUGUCUGAGCGGAUCGACAUUUCCUUGAUCUCAGUAUGUCCAGUAAAUUGACUGUUUGUGGAGUAUGUGAAUACCUUAACAUCAACAAACAAUCAGUGGUCUGGUGUUCAGAAUGCAACGAAGGACUUUGUGAGGUGUGUAAAGUGCAUCAUUCAGCUUCAAAGGGGACAAGAAGCCACAGUAUUGUUCCAAUCUCCGAGUACCAGAAUUUACCUUCCAAUAUAUUGGAAAAUACCCAAACAUGUCCAAAACACGAUGACAAAUACGUUAUAUUUUGUAAGAAGCAUGAUACUCCAUGUUGUAGACGAUGUGUUACUGAAACCCACAACGAUUGCAAAGAGAUAGAUGUGAUAGAUGACGUCAUUCAAAAUGUAAAAUCAUCAAAUGCAUUCUUGGAGAUUGAACACAGUUUGGCAGAACUUUCAGGAAAUUUGCAGCAAAUAAUAAAAGAUCGGCAAGAAAAUAUAAAAAGUCUGAUAGAGAAUAGGGCAAAAAUAGAAAAGGAAGUUCAGCAGACACGAAACUUGAUUAACAAUCAUCUGGAUAAGCUGCAGGAAAAUCUGAUAAAAGAGUUGUAUGCCGCUGAGGAAAAGGAAAGCACAAAAAUUAAAAACAUAUUAUCAUCCAUACAAGAAAAAGAAAGAACGAUUUCAGGAAGCCAAACAACUUUAGAUAGAAUAAAACAGCAUGCUUCAGACCUGCAGACAUUCUUAGCUUUGAAACACAUCCAACGAGAUGUCACGAACAACGAACAAUUUCUUGAAUCUUUAAUAAAAGAAGAGAAAAUGAACCAUGUGUCUAUUUCUUGGAAAAACGAAAAAGGUGUGGAGAUUUUACCUACCACGAUCAAGAAGAUGGGAACAAUUAUAUUGGAUAGCAGAUCAGGUGAUGCAACUUUAAUAAACAGGAAGAACAAACAAGCCCAGAUAACGUUGCCUAUUACACAUGUUCCUGCUAUUGAUGAUAUAACACUUACUUUAAGACAGACCGUGAAAACAACUGGAUAUGAUAUCACAGAUUGCACCUUACUACCUGAUGACAGAAUGAUUUUUACCUGCUAUGGAAAUUCCAAAAUUCAAGUCCUCAAAAUAGACGGGACUUUGGAUUUUACACUGGGGCCAGGAUUUAUUACAUAUAUACACUAUAUCGAGGAAAGCCAAACACUUGCCGUAACUGCUGGGCAAUUCAGCCAACGCAUUAAGAUUAUCGAUAUGAAAAACAGAAAAACUGAGAAAUCGAUUUGUGUUCGGUCGAUGAUGUAUGGAAUAGUUCACAAAGACGGAAAAUUGUUCUAUAAUGGACAUAAAGGUGGAUUAUGUGUUCUGAAUUUAGAAGACGACUCUAUUACACAAUUAAUUAACGUUCCCUUGUCUCGUUUUAGCAGCAUUGCAAUAUGGUCUGAUAAACUUUAUUUCAUAAACGAAGAUAAUGCAGUAACAUGCUGUGAUCUUCAAGGAGGAAUUAAAUGGAAAUUAGAACUUGAUGCAUUUCUUAGAGAGCCACGCGGUAUUACAGUGGACAACUACGGACGUGUUUACAUAUCGGGCUAUACAUCUAACAAUAUCGGCGUAAUUUCACCAGAUGGAAGCAAACAUCGAUUAUUGUUGUCAGAUAAAGAUGGUCUUAAAUCCCCACAGACUAUGUGCUUCGAUCGGAAAAAUAACAAGUUACUUGUUGCAAACCAACUAAAUGACGCAUUUCUUUAUGAAGUUUCAAAAUGAAUUGGUACAAUAUCAAUGAGAUUAGCUUAUCUGUAAUAAAUAUGUGUGUUAUGAAAAAACAAAUGCUGACUAUGCGGUAUGGGUUUUGCUCAUCGUUGAAGGCUGCACGGUGACCUAUAGUUGUUAACUUCUAAGUCAUUUGGUCUCUGGUGGAGAGUUGUCUCUUUAUAUGUAUCGAAGUAAAGACAUUCAAAUACUA